CAUACGUAUGACGUCAUGCGCUGAAGAUGGCGGACGGGUUCAUGUGUUAUGAUCUCAGGGAAGGAGGAUGGUGGGGCGGCUGGCUGACACAAAGUUUCCAGACCGUCAAAGACAAGUCAGCUGAGGCUUAUGAGUUCAUCAAACGGGACCUGACUGAAUUCUCCAGCGUGGUCCAACAUGACACUGCUUGCUCCCUUGUUGCAACAGCUGCUGCUGUUAAGAACAAACUGGCUGUUGAAGGUUCAUCAGAGGCCACAGAAAAGGUGAGGAAGGGCCUUUCCAAUAUUCUGGGUGUGAUCACUGACACUUUGGCCCCUCCCCCAGACAUGACCAUUGACUGUGAUGUCAUCACGCUGGUAGCCACUCCAGCAGGCACAACAGAGGUGUAUGACAGCAGCAAGGCUCGACUAUACAGUCUUCAGGCAGACCCUGCUACAUACUGCAAUGAACCUGACGGCCCUCCACAUCAGUUUGACGCCUGGAUGUCCAGUUUCAGUUUGGAAGAGAGGAAAGCGGAAAUCUCAGAGCUGCUGGUCAAUAGUCCCUCCAUCAGAGCUCUCUACACUAAGAUGGUGCCAGCAGCAGUGGCUCACUCCGAGUUCUGGCAGCGCUACUUCUAUAAAGUGUUCCAAUUGGAGCAGGAGGAGGCCAGGAGGGUGGCACUGAAGCAGAGAGCAGAGCAGACGGAUCAUUCUGAGAGUCUGGGCUGGGAGGAAGAGGAUGAAGAAGGUGAGUUUCUCGGGGCCACGUCUACAUCUCGCUUAGAUUUCACCCCCCCUAUUGAGGAGCCACAAGUCCCUGCGGUCACAAUAGAGACCACCCCUGAAAGCUCUUCCAUCCCUCAUGUGAUGGUUUCCCCAAGCAAUGUAGCAUCCAUCGUCACUCCCUCUGUGAGCAGUGACAGCGUCAGCUUCCCCACCCAGAUCGAGAAUAAAGCGGACCCCAUCACCAUCAGAUUGACCCAGUCGGCGCCCGCUGAAGAAGAGGUGGUCUUGCUCAAACUCUCAGAGGCCAGUCUUCAGGUCAAGAUGGUCCCAGAGGAGAGGCCAUCCCUGCGUGAAGAGACCACAGGAGAGGACGUGGCACAAGACCUCAGAGUGUUCGAGCUCAAUUCAGACAGCGGCAAAUCAACACCCUCUAAUAAUGGCAAGAAAGGUUCAAGUACAGAUGUGAGUGAAGACUGGGAGAAGGAUUUUGAUCUGGACAUGACAGAGGAAGAAGUUCAGCUGGCUUUGGCUAAAGUAGAUGCAACCGAAGAGUUGGUGGAUGAAGACUGGGAGAAUUGGGAAUGAAAAUCUGGUGGAGGGGUUUCUGGCCUGAUAUCGAUGUGAGACGUUGCUGCGCCAAAAAUGAACCAUGCUUAAUGUAUUUUACUCCUAAUCUAUGGCCACACCUGCUCAUUCAGCCAGUUCAGUGAGCGGGUCACCUCCUUCAAAUGAAAUUUACAUUCUAGUUAAUCAUCAGUGGUGGUUAGAAGGUGAUCUGUUCUAGCUCUGGCUGUCCUAAAAAUGGCCUGUGGUGAAACACUUCAGACUGGUCUGAGAAAGCAAGGAUCGGUUAAUGGGGAGAGGUCAUCUUGUGAUGCCAUUUGUAUCUGCCGUAUGUAAAUUAAUGUUAUUCUUCUUGGGAGAUUUCAGUGGAAGAAUGCAAAUUAACUGCUGGGGCUCUAUUAAAAUGUUCAUCAUUCUUAUAGGAUUUGGAAAUAAUCCUUCAUGUGAAAAUGUAUGUAAAUUAUGUUUUUUCUUUCUUUUUUUUCUGACAUAGAGAUAUUUGGCUUCUUUUUUAGGUUUGGUUCUCUUUAAAUACUAACACCUUUUAUCAUAUGCAAGUUAUUCUAGCAAUGAGAAUGAAAAUGGAGUGAUGCUUCAUUCGAUCUGCUAAUCCUCCAAGGCCUUGAUCAGUGUUGUGUUGUGAAUGAAAAAAAGUGUCACGUCAAAGUAAAAACAAGUCACUAUUUCACUGAAAACAACUUGUUGUUUCCUGUGCUAUCUAUUUCAUUUCCUUCUUUUCUUUAAAUCAUAGUCUGACAUGUAAUAAAGACACACAAUUAUGAUAUUGGUGCUCAGAAUUUCAUCC